GGGUCGCAGACAAAUUGAACAUGUAUAGCACGUGAUUUCCUCUUACUUAUCUUCAUCGUCCAUUCUUCAACCAUACUUUUCAAUUCUCAAAUUUUACUUUUAAAAUCAAAAUUCCAACUUUGAAUUCAAGUUCUAGCUUCAUCAUAGUUUUUACCUUGUUCUUAUGAUGGGCGAGUCAGAGGGUACAAAGUUCGGCUUAGAUGUCAGGAAGAAUGAAAAAGAUGGGUUUCAAAAAAGAUUGAAUCCUGCAAUAUCUAAAUUUUUUGUGCAGCUCCCUCACAAGUUUCAGAAUGUUGUAAAGAAUCAGCUGAGUAGAUUAGCAAAACAUGAGGGAAUGAAUUGGGGGAGAUCAGUUCAGAGACACGGAAGUGGAACUUUUAGUGUUUCUGAAGCUGAACUGAAUGAGCAACUGCAGGCGUGGAAAGAAAAUCCUUCUUGGGUUGAUAAACCAUCAGAAAUAAAGGUGACUGUUCCCAAAGGCUCUCUUUGCAACCUCAAUGUAGAAGUUGAUGUUGGUUUUCCCCCUGAUGCAGUAUAUAAUAUAGUAAUAGAUCCUGAUAAUAGAAGAGUUUUUAAAAAUAUCAAAGAAGUUAUAUCCAGAAAAGUUUUGGUUGAUGAGGGUCAUAGACAAGUGGUCGAUCUCGAACAAGCAGCUAUUUGGAAAUUUCUUUGGUGGUCCGGAACUAUUUCAAUAAAUGUUUUGGUUGACCAAAACAGAAAUGAUUACUCUAUGAAGUUCAAGCAAACCAAGACAGGAUUCAUGAAAAAAUUCGAGGGCCACUGGAGAGUCGAGCCUUUAUUUGUCGACGAAGCAACCUGUUAUCCCUUUAAACCCUUAACAAAAGAAGACUAUAAGAUGUGUACAAGAGGCAAAGGAAGAGUCGGGUCUAAAGUUCGUCUAGAACAAAUACUUCAACCUGCCAUUGUCCCUCCACCUCCCAUAUCAUGGUAUCUGAGAGGAAUCACUGCCAAGACAACUGAAAUGCUUAUAACUGAUUUGCAAGCAGAAAUUGCCAGAAUCAGAGGAGGAUAUGAAGCUGAAAAGUCCAAGGAAGAGAUUCAAGAAAAAACUGAUAAAAGUUUUGACCUGGUUGCUAACACAAAUGACAUUAAAGAGAGAUGGAGUUUACGGAGAAAAAACGCGAAGCAGAGUCAUAGAAGACCGAUAGACUGCUAAAUGAGUUUCCUGUGUCUGUUUAUAUAAAUUUAAUUGAAGCAAUCUGUCUAGAUUUCACCAUAGUUGUUCAGCUCACUUUAAAGGAUUCUAAUUUAUAUAUGUUUUUUUUCUUCAUAA